AAUAUCAAAAUCAUUUGUACUCAGUUACUCUACUGCUUGGCAUGCGGGAUCGUGAUGUGAAUCAGUUUUAUUUGCACUAACUUACUAGAAGUAACUUACGAAACCCGUUUUCGGGGCAGCAACCAAGGAGGAUAUAAAACAAUACGAAAGUUGUAGCUGAACUUGCGAUGUUGGUGGUAUGUCUGCUUUAUUUCAUGUCGCCGAACAGGAUACUUCGUGAAGAUAUUAGAAGAAAUUCAGAAGAAACAAUUCCUAUUCGUAAACAGAAAGACGCGGACGAAAUAUCACGUUUGCUGGCAAUGCGCCAAUGGAACUGUGAAUCUCGUAAAUCGAACAAGUUCCAGUCUGAAGGAGAGAAGGUUAAAGAUACAAACGAAUUGUGUCCAAAAUGGGCAAAUGAACUGGACUGGAAACCAUCUGAUAAACCGCUAAUUCAAUUAAAUCCAGCCCGAAUAAUAUAUCCAGCAAAUCAAAAUGGGCCGAGCAAUGAACUAAUUUCGUUUCAGGAAGCAAUAUUCAUUGGAAUUGAAACGAAUAGAACAGUUGUCGUUCCUCAGUUUUUACCCCAUAGAAUGGACAGAGAUACGUUUCACGAAAGUGAAGUGCCAGCUUCAAGGAGGGUUGAUCUCAACUUUCUUUCACGCUUAGUUUCUAUGGUUACGGUUGAUAAAAUGCAGGAACUGUGCUAUUUGAAAUUUGAUGUCGGAUUUCAGAAACAAGACGCGGAAUGCAAUUUUUUCUCUUAUCUCAAAAAAACAAGCGGAAUGAUUCCAGGGAGCACACAUGAUACUGUACUCGGUACAGAUGGUUUCACGGAAAUAAAAAUGCUGAAGAAACACGAUCGCGCGUGUGAACCUCCUUCAUUUCCAGUGCGAAGAAUGGCAAAAAUUAAACGAGCCAUGCGUGUGGACGACGUUAAAUAUAAUUAUAGGUCGGACUUGCCGUGUGCGGUUUUAAUAGAUACUUACAAAACAUUCACAAAUGAUUUUGAUGGCUUUGAUCAAGCAAUAUUGGACAAGGCAAUCAAUGAUAUCAACUCUCUCACACAUGAAGAUUUAAUCGGAGCAAAUAGUCGAACAAAAUUCAAACUGGUUGAAAUAUUUACGAAAAGACCAAGAUAUAUUCGUGAAAUAGCAAAGGAAUUCAUUGGAAAGGUUAUGCAAGGUGAUGAAUAUAUAGCGAUGCACUGGAGAUACAAUCAUGAAUUUAUUUGCUUCCAUAAAUAUCCAUUUUGCGCCCAAAUAGAAAAAGUGGAAUCUCGUGACCUCUCAGAAGUCAUUAUCUUAGCAAGCAAAAAUUUCACCUCUAGCAAGGUUUCGAAAUAUUCCAAUUGUGAUGGGACUCAAGUCGUGCACGUCUAUUUGGCCACUGCGACAACCGACUACGAAACGAUCAAAUUUAUGACAAAAGACAGCGACUUCCAACGAGAAAUAUUUCGUAAAAUUUUGAAAAAAGAAGGAAAAGCCGACGAAAUUUCAUAUUACGGUGAUCAGCGAUGCUGGAAAGUUCAACUUUUCAAUAAAGUUGACCUAUAUCGGUUCAUCGAUUCACACUAUCCCAGAGAAAAGUGUUCAGUCAUUUGGAGAGAUACACACGAACUCAUAGCUCUAGUAGAAAAUGAAAUUUGCAGACAAAGCUCAAUUUUUAUCUAUUCCCCGGAAUCUGCAUGGUCGGAAAUUGCCAUGCAAACGAGAACAAACAAUGUACCAGUUUGGGAUGUUUUAUCUGAACUUGCCGAAAUAAAUGCUAUUGAUGAAAUAUAUUAAUAAAUUGCCUAUCUUAAUGCAAACACAUUUGCAUUGACGAAAUCGGUUUGAACAAAAGCGACUUUUUUAACAAUAGUGUCGAUUCGACCCAUAUCAACGCUCGUAUGAUGGUUGAAUAAACCUUCUGUCCGCGCUUAACCACUUACGUUCACUCCUAAGGAACGGUUACACGGUUAGAUCUUUAUAUCCCAGGGAUAGUAUGUAGGCCUAACCGCCUAACCCAUGCCAUCAGAUACACAAACUAUCACCUUGGGGAUAAAUUACAUUUGAGGAACUAAAAGGGGGAUACAUAAAUAUGUAUAUACAGUAGGUACAUAGGCCUCUCGUGGAACAUUUAAAAACGACUGCUCCCACACAGUCUCAACUCCAGUUAAGCGUUUUUUGUGACCUAUCUUACCGAUGUGCAUAGCUAGCGCAAUUUUAUAGAUCCAAACGAAACAAUAUUACUUCGCAAAUUACCAUAAUACAGGUGGUGAUCCAGUGGAAAGUUCUGCUUCGCGCUCAUGCUAUGCAAUUACUCCAACUUACUGUUAUACUCAUAUUAGCCUGUGAUAAUAUGCGUACUUUUAACACUUUUUUUGAGUGAAUUGGGUUGAUUUGCUAAUGUAAACUUGGGAGUGCAAACAAUCCUAUUGAUAUUAGAGGACAAAAACUCUAAUGUGAAGCUUGGGCGAUAGUGAUUCUGGUUGUAGGCAGAAAAAAGAUUGAAAUCCCAUGAAUCGGCAAAAACAAAGUUUAUCAAGUUCUUUAAACAUGAUUAUCGACAAAAUAGUAAAUUAAGUAAGGAAGAAUGUCCUCGAAACUGCAAAAGCAACAAAAAGAAAUGCAACAGUCGGUAAUGCCGAAUUUUUUUUUUUUUAUAAAAAAUAAAAGGGUAUCAGAAAUAAUGUUAAACUUUUGU